AUGUUUAAAAUACCUUAUGAGGAAGAGGAUGUGCACAAUUACCUAUUUGACAAUUAAAGUAGAGCAAUAUCAUUAUCCAAAAUGUUAUCAAAUAAACCAAUGAAAUUAACGAAAUUUUAUAAUUCGAAUUUAAAGCUUAGGAGAAAAAAACUUAAUAAUAAAAAUAAGAAAACAUAAAUAAAAUGGCAAAAGCAGCACCAAAAGGAAAUAAAGGAACCAAAAAGACAACACCACCCAAAAGCUACUAAGCAUGUCAAGAAAGUUACUAAAAAACCGAACUGAUGCUACUCCAGCACCAGCCCCAGUGACAACUACUCCAACCCUGCACCAGCCACCUCAACACCAGUUGCUGCCACUACACCAAAAAAGCAAGGCAAGAAAGGAGGAGCUAAGCCAAAGGGCUGCAGGUUCUAAAAAGCCAGCACCCAAGAAAAACAAUAAGAAGGCCCCAAAGAAGCAAGUUAAGAAAUGAUUAGUUAUUCAAGGAUUAAUCAAUUAAUUAGAUUUAUAUUA